AUGAAAAAUAGUCGAAAAGCUAUUAAACAAAGAAAUGGCAAUAGCAACGAUAUAUCUGUACGAAUUACAAAUACAAAUGCUGAAAUUUCAUCAGAUAGAAGCCAACAGUCUAUUUCAAAGAAUCUUUCUUUAACACAAGAAAAAUCAGAUUCUGAACAAACACAAUCAACGGAUGAAAUGGAAUCAAAAACGAUGAAUUUGACAGAAAUAUCAUCUAAAGCUGAUGAAAUAAUCUCGAAAAUAUCUACCAAAGAUAUUUUGAAAACAUCCAAACAACAAAUAUUAAACAGUCAAUUAAAGGAGAAGAAAUUUUCUAAGAAGAAAUUUAGAGAUGAUAAAUUAAAUGUAAUAAAUCAUCAAAUUCCAAGCAAUUUAUCAGUUCGUACAAUUGGUAAUCAAGUUCUUCCCGAUUUUUCGCAAAUAGAAAUAGCGCCAUUAUUUGCAAAGCAUGAUGAUCUAAAGCCAAUUGCGCAAAAUCUUUCAAGACGAAAAGUAAAAUCAGUGGAAUCAUUGAAAGCGGAAAAAAUUAAUCGUUCAGAAACUAAUCGAUUGCCACGUCGUAAGAAUUCUGAAAAAACUACUGCACAGAAAUAUUUCUUUCCAAGUUGUAUGGAAUACACGUUUUUACGUUUGAUUGCUCUUAUUCUUCUAUUUUGCGCUUGGUUUAUUGUAUAUGCAUUUCCUUGUUUACGAUUUACUUAUCAUAUACCUAUAAUUAAAGGAGAAAUGAUUGAAUCAGUAGCGGAAAAGAUACCACUGAAGAAAACUUGUCGAAUAAUGCCACAUUGGUGGAAUGAUCAGAAAACAUUUGUCAGAAGGAUUAUAGAAACUACUCAGGAAGAUCUGAUGGAGGAAGCUAUGUUUGAUUUAGUUGAAAUUUCUAUUUUUUGCGUUUUUUCCGUCAUUGAGUUUUAUAUGUCAUCAGGAGCUGAAAUUCGAGCUAUUAUGGAUUCGAUUGUAGAGAGAAAAGAGAAAGUUUAUAAUAUAUGCAUUGAUGUAAAAAUUGAAGCAUACGGCUUCCUUUCAUCCGGUUGUAUAUUUUUAUUCCUCGUUUUCCUGUUCGCUAUUGAUCUAAUCAUUUUACUAAAGAAUGCAGAAGAGGUUGAAUCACGAAAAUAUUUGCAAAUGGCAGCUUGUCUUCACUAUGACAGACCUUUAAAAUGUAUGUCAAAAUCAGUGCUGGAAGGUGUUUUUAUCGAAUCUACGCCAAACAGGAAAAAAAAAUGA